AUGACACUGUCAUACUCUUCCGACGCACCCGCUGCUUCGUCCAGUGCCACUCCUCAGUAUCUCAUCUUUUUCAGCUCCGGUUCUCCCCCCUGGUGUCCCGAUUGCGUCGAUGCACAACCGGCAGUACAAAAAGUGUUUGGCGCUGACAGCGGCCUAGAUGGUCACAUUGUGCUGGUGGGCGAGAGGCCAGAGUGGAAAUCUGCCGAGAACAAGUUUCGCAAAGAAUACGCGAUCAACUGCAUCCCUACAAUUACAAAGGUCGUCAAUGGUAAGGAGGUGGCCCGUCUCGAAGACAGUGAAUGCAAGGAUGUCGAUACAGUCGCUGCUUUUGUCCAGGCAUGA